AAAAUAACGAAUUCAAUUAUUCUCGCGUUUUUGUGGUGAAAACAUGUAGAAAUUUUGUGUCAGGUUUUUAAUGUUGUAAUGAACAUUUUUUGCGGCCUUGUUAAUUAAUAAAUAUCAGUGAACAAUAAAUAAGUUGAAUAAAACAAAACUCUGUGCUUAAAAUACAAUAUGACAAUUUAUAUCUGUACAUAAAAGGUAUUUUCGAAAUAUACAUAUUCCGUCGUCGCAUCGGGCAGAACGAGUAGCGAUUUGCGUACUUUUUCUAUAUUGACGAGCCAAAUGUAUUGGUCAGAGUGAAAUAGCAGAUACAUUUGCUGAAGGACGUUUCGCAUUUUUUUUAUUUAUUCGGUGUUUUCAAGCGCUGGCGCUUGAAUGUUUCCUACAACAGUAGAUAUUUCAGUGGUUUUAACAGAUAGUUUUAGCAAAAUAUUUGCAAGAUACAAUUUGCGCACAUUUGUUUUGCUUGGUUACCUGUUUUGUUAAGGACUUAAGCAAUUAUUAAAUACUUGUGCUAUUUUGGAAUAGUUAAUGUGUACAAAGUAGUUAUAAUUACAUAUUAGUAGAGUACGCAAAAUCUUUAUAUUAUACUGUUCGAUAUUACACAUUUUUGCCGCGCUUUUUUGCAAGUGGUGUUUCUAUUUAUGAAAAAUACGGUGCGGAAGCAUUAAAAUUCGUUAAACUGGAUAACAACAUGGGAAGUUCGGAUGACCGCGUUUACGCGGCGGAGCGGAUAAUACAGAAACGCGUUAGAAAGGGUGUUUUAGAAUACCGCGUAAAAUGGAAAGGUUGGAAUCAGCGAUAUAAUACUUGGGAACCAGAGGUUAAUAUACUUGAUCGUCGGCUUAUUGAAAUAUACGAACAAAGUAAUCGUUCGUCUAACACACCAUCAAAACGAGGAGGAAAGCGUAAGGAAAAAACGCAUGAUCCUGAACCAGAAUCUGAGGAGGAUGAGUAUACCUUCACUGGGGAUGAUGUAGAUAUAAAUCAAGCAUCUACUUCAUCCGCUGCAUUAUCCAAUAACAAUCAUCAUCAUCAUCACCACCACCAUGACAAAGAAAAGGAUAAAGAUAAAAAACGUGAGCACUCCCAUCACCAUCAUCAUCGCUCGCAUUCGCCACAUACAGAUGGGCAGCGUGAUACUAACAGUGGUAAUAAGCGUCACACCUAUACCUCGACGUCGGCGUCAGUGUCGGCUGCUGUUGUUGCAGCAGCUGUUGCUUCCAAUUCCGCUUUAAAUUUCAUUCCCGAGGCUGAUUCUAAUUCAUCCAGUUCUGAAGAUCAGCCCUUAAGUCGUAAGGAGGUCACUUCUAUGGGUACAAAACGUAAAGCUGAGGUGUUAAAGGAAUCCGGUAAAAUAGGUGUCACUAUAAAAACCUCACCGGAUGGACCACCGCCACCUAAACAACAUUGUGGUAGUGGCAGUUUAGACACAGCUACAUCAAUAUCGACGCCGCUUAAGUCUGAAACUGAACCGCUAUCACCAGAAACACCAGCAUCACGACCAGAACAAGCAACACCCGCAGAAAAGAACGCAGCUUUGCACCAGCAUUGUAAUGCCACAGCAGCGUCGAAUGCAGACGAUGAUGAUUCAUCAUCACAAGCAGAUAGUCAAACGGAUAAUAAUCAUGCGGCAGCACAUAACAAGGGAACGGGCGAUGAUGGCGCUGCUUCACCAAAGCGUAACGGACACGUUACUGAACAACAACAGCGACAAAGUGCUUUGGCGCCCCUUUCGCCGAAGGCAUUGCCACCACGUUUCUGGUUGCCAAAUAAAUGUAAUAUCUCCGAUAAAGUGGUGAUCACAGAUGUUACCGUAAAUUUAGAGACUGUCACCAUAAGAGAAUGCAAAACAGAGCGUGGUUUCUUUAGAGAACGUGAACUAAAGUCUAGUGGCAUGAAAACAGAAUCGGAUUCUGCUGCAUAAAAGUGCGUCGCAAAAUUGACAAAUUAAAAAAGCAAAAACAGGAAAAAAAUUGUAAAUAUGUUGAAUUAUAUAAGUUUUUGUUUUCUUUUUUUCUUUGAGUGAGAGUGAUUUUGUGUACUGCAUUUGGUUUUAAUAACCUACAAAUAUUUAUAUUUUUUAAGAAAACUUCUUCUUCAUAUUAUGUAUUAUUUACAUAACAAAUAAAUUAAUAUUAUAUCGUUAGUAUUAAUCGCUCAUUAUUAUUUUUUGUAAUUUAUCAAAAGUGUUAUUGUAAAUAAUGUAACAUAGUUUUAGUUUUAGACAGAAUUGUCUUAAGCACACAUUUAUUAUUGUAAUCCAAACCGUAUGAGCCAUAACCAAUUAAAAAGUGAAAGAAAUAUUGCAGUGCAGUUACAUAAAUAUCGAGGCAUAUAAGAAACGAGCAGAUAAAUAACGUCGAAACAUAAAAAAUAUUUGCGUGAGUUUGACCUAUAAUUAAGGAAGUGUGAGGCAUAUGGAUUACUAUAAAUCAAAAAUUAUGAUUUUUUAUCAUUUAAUGUCAGUUAAGACUACAUAAGACACAUUCCUCAGUUGUUAUAGUUGUAUGGAUUUUUGUUAACAUUUUGCAGAAUUUGAUAUUCUGCAUUUUUCAUAUAAAAUGCUUGUAGUAGAAAUAGAACAGCAAUUAAAAGUACUUAUAAUUUGAGAUAAAACAGUAAAUGUAUUACAAUCAGUAAUAAAACCUAAUCAAAUGUACCACGGGAGCAUUAAAAAGCAUAAGAAUUGUGAAUUCAUAUAUGGAUAUACUUAUAAAAAAAACUUCUCAAAAGAAAUAAACGAGAAAGUCUAAUCGUUAAAUAUAAAGCGGUUAUUUUGAACAGACGCUGUCUAUGUAUUUAGAUGCUUGAAAAUACAAUACGGGUUUUCUUUCGAAGAAUUUGUAAUUUUGUCAGCUAAACUUGCAUAUAUUGACUAUAUUUGCAUUAUGCUUAAAGAGUUCAUGCCUUAAAGAGCUACAAGCCUAUUUACAUAUGCAUCUGCUUGUCUACUCUUUUUUGCUUAAUCUAAUAUCAGAUACAUUUGUGGCGACCAGAGAGCUUGAAAAAUAGCAAUGCCUGCAUCCUGAGUUCGAGUGCAUUAAUUUUGUUGUUUUGCUUAGCGGCGAAUACAAAUUACGUUUUAUUUCUACGCUAUAGUUGCAAAUAGUAUUUGCAUUUCAUCCAAUAAUUUUGUAUAACACAGACAGAAAAUGCUUGUAGUUAGUUCUUUUUGAACUGCGUACAAAUUUAUACAUCACAAUAUUUAAGAAAAAAUGAAAACCCUAAAAUAAAUGCUUAAAAUAGAAGUAACUGCAUCAAAAUUCAAAUCAAAUUUGAUAUCCUUAAGCAAUAUUCACUAGAGAAGUUUCAAUUGCCUUGUCUUUACUUGACUUGAAUGCCUAUUAAUCGCGGACUAUACGAGUCAUACGCUUCGGUGUACUAUAUAAGUACUAUAUAUGUAUGUUUAUGAUAAAUUAUUUUCAAAUAUUUUAUAAGCUUAAGAUUUAUGAACUUUAUGUUUAAUUAGAAGUUAACAGGAAAGCACGAAAUUUAAUUUAAAAAACUAAAGUUAAUGAUUGUACAAAUAUAUUAUAUAACUAUAUUAUAUAAUAUUAUCUAGAGAUGAGUAACACUAGUGUGUAACUGUAAAUACAUAAUAAUCAGUAUAUGAAGCAAUUAAUUUGAGUUUUUUCUAGUGAGCACACAGGUUUGUAUAUGUCUGAUAUUCGAUACAAACGCAAAAUGUUAGUUGAAAUAAUUUGAAGCUGCUCAUUUGUCAGGACGGCCGAUAUUAGACCACUAUAUUAUAUUGCUGAAGUACAUACUGACUGAUCCAAAUUACUGUUUUACAAAGAAAACCUUUUAAUUUGUGAAGGGUAUUAUAGCUGCGGUGUAACCAAAGUUAGCGGUUAUUCUUGUUUCGGUUAUUUCUUUCAACAUUGAUAGUUACUAAAAUCGAAUAUUUCGCGUAAAAGGUUAAGUUUGGUUACGUUGAACUUGACUUGAGUAUAAUACGAUGGUUGCCAUUAAUGAAGAGUAGAAGAGAAAGCAGGAUUAAUUGAAAGUACUGUUUGCUACUUAUCAAAUUACAUCUAGGAAUGUACAUAUAUGUAUUUCUAUUUUAUAACCGCGAAGUUCGCUAGCAUCAUUCAAUAUCGUACCAGUGACAUCUCAUAUCCUUUUAUAUAUCUUUUAUCAUUCGGUAAUGAAGACAUUUGAGGCCUUCUGUUGCCCUGACAGCCGAACUUAGGUACGGGUAGUUCUCAUGACAGUCUACGUAACCGGAAUAGAUUCGGAUUUUUGUCUGACCGCAGAGUGUCUACCCGGCAGCUUGUCUCCAAAUUCAUGCACCAAAACAAUCAACCACAACAUUAUUGGAGGCCUUUACAGAACAACACUUUUUUUAGUUGUGCAAUACUUUCGCCAUGUUCAAUGAAUCUACGAAUUUGGAAAAUAUUUACGAAACAUCAUGCCUAGCCACAUUAAAAAGGUGGACUACGAAUUAUCAGUGCUAUUGACAAUCAUCAGUCGAGGAUGUAUGGCAAGAAUGACACUCAUAAACAAAUCGGAUAUCGAAUAACAAUAGCUCCUAUGUAAGGAAACGCUACAACUUUUGUGACUGUAAUGUAGAACUUAAAAAUAACAAUGACAUUUUUUGUCAAAAAAAUGACGAAACUGCUCAGCUGUUUAUCUUACACCGGUAAUGUUGUUGCUGUCUAAGAGAAAUCUGAAGAUAAUUAUAUGAAAACUUUUUGUUUAUCAUGGGAAAGUUGGUACCAAAAAUUAGCAAAAUCUGUUCAUAUCAUAUCUUCUCUUGUCGCGUUUUACUGCAUAUAAGAAUGUGUUGUCGUUGUAGCCGCGGAAAACAUUCCUCAUAGUUUUGAGCCAUGCGAAAUAACUGUCGCAGUUCUGGUUAAAUAGACACGACAGCCGUGGAACGGUAUUUCCGUAUACUAGUUGAGGUUAAGGAGACUUAAGAUUAAAUUUUUUUACUUACCAUAUAA